AUGAUCUCGUUCGCCGCCGCGUUCUCGGUCGCUCACUCGACGAUCGCCAUCCUCGGCAUGACGUUUAACGUGUUGCUCAUCUACCUGGCACUGUGCAAGAGUCCCAAAGCGAUCCACUCGUAUGCCACGUUGAUCGUCAACUUUGCCGUCACCGACUUUUGCGCGUGCCUCUUCGACUUUUUCGUCCAACAACGCAUCAUUCCGGCGGGCAGAACACUGGCCUACAUUUCGAGUGGAAUGUGCGAGUGGGCGGGCACUGUCACGUGUUAUACAUUGUAAGUGAGCCUUCUGAAAUGUCCAAAGAUCCGUGAGAUUGUUCAGGUACAGUCUGAUGCUGCACUUCCUCGCCCACACCCUCUGGUCCCUUCUUCUCUCCUUCUCCUACCGCUACUACAUUCUUUUCAAGCCGUCGCCAUCCCGUAAAACUCUUCUCCUCAUUCUCCUGAUCAUCUAUCAACCGUCAAUGAUCCAAUGGGUCUCGUUCCUUUACGCUCAGAGUGAUCCGCAGGAGAUUGUGGAAAUUCUGAGGGAUAGAUUUCCGGAAUACAACACAACGGGACUUUGUGUCUAUGGAACUAAGGACAUUGGCACCUUCGCGGCGCUCUACACAAUCUUCCACAUGACCGUUCCGAUCACUCCCGUUUACAUUUGCAUUCUGAUCCUCAGAAGAAAGAUCAUAAAGAAGCUCAGUUUCCAAAAUGUGAACAUAGCGAAGGACACGAAGAAUCUCCACACUCAGUUUCUCAUUGUAAGUUCCCUCAACUCCCGACAACUCUUUUCAAACUCUCGAUUUCAGUCGCUCACCUACCAGGCCGCCCUUCCCGGCUUCUUCUUCUUCAGCAUCGUCUCCUACGCACUCGGACAGUUGUCCAUCGUGAACAGUCCCGUCCUCGAGUACUUCACUUCCUCCGGCUUCCUGCUCAUUCCCUUCUUUUCGCCGCUCGCCUCGUUCAUUUUCGUCUCUCCUUAUCGUAAUUUCAUUCGGAAAACCGUUUUCCGGGUCGCGCCGGACGACUCUUCGGCCACUCCGAAUCAGAUCGUGACCAGUAUUCAUAUGCUCGGUUGA